AUGGUGCUCCGGCCUCAUUCCCGUGCCUCUGCGGUGCUCUCAUUUCUCGCCUUUUUGACCGCUUCAACAUGUGUUUCUGCAAGCCGAAGCCCAGGGCUCCCCUUCGUGAUCAACACGUGGGGCGGCGCUUUCACAGCGGCCACUGAUGCGGCAUAUCUCGCCCUCAUCGCCGACAGAAACACGUCCGCUCUGGAUGCAGUUGAGAUUGGGUGCGCGACAUGUGAGAAGAACCAGUGCGAUACCACUGUUGGCUAUGGCGGCUCACCGGACGAGUCCUGCGAGACCACUCUUGAUGCCAUGGUCAUGGAUGGCACCUCCAUGAAGACCGGUGCUGUUGCCGGCUUGCGGAGGAUCAAAGACGCGAUUGGUGUCGCACGUGCUGUACUGGAGCACACUAGGCAUUCACUUCUUGUUGGAGAUUUGGCUACCAAUUUUGCCAUCGAGAAUGGGUUCAAGGAACAGGAUUUAACGACCGAGGCAAGCAAGGAGAAGUGCGAGGCUUGGAAGAGGGCCAAUUGCCAGUCGAAUUAUAGGCUGAAUGUUGCGCCUGAUCCGAGAACUUCGUGUGGGCCCUAUACGCCGUUGCCUGGGAUUGAUCAGCAGACACUGGCGAGAUCGGUGAUGGAGGACGAGGGCGCUGUGUCGCAUGACACUAUAUCCAUGGUUGUGAUUCAUGAAUCAGGGAUUAUGGCCGCGGGAACAUCGACCAACGGGGCUUCACACAAAGUCCCUGGAAGAGUUGGAGAUGGCCCGAUUGUCGGGAGCGGGUCUUAUGUUGACGGUGAUGUUGGUGGAUGCGGAGCCACCGGGGACGGCGAUAUUAUGAUGCGCUUCUUGCCUUGCUACCAGGCUAUCGAGAACUUGAGACAGGGGAUGAGCCCACAGGAUGCCGCAGAGGAUGUUGUUGCCAGAAUGCUGCGCAAGUAUCCCAACAUGUCGAGCGGGAUUGUGGUGGCCAACACCAAAGGCGAACAUGGGGGUGCAGGUUCGGGUUGGACCUUCACCUACUCAUUCCGGGGGGGGGAUAUGGAGGCAACUGAGGUUGUAUCGGUGCCGCCACUUCCAAGGAGACUCGAAGAACGAAGGAGGAACACCAAUGACAUUCCCGAUGAGAUCUGA